AUGACCUCAAACACAGACAGCGAGAACUACGAUCUCGACACGUCAGCGCUCGCGGCGCUGGACAAGUUCCGAGCCGAAAAGGCAGCCGAAGAAGCGUCCUUGCUUCGGUUCACACAGUCCUCUGCCUCCUCGUCAUCCACGCGCAAGUCAAAGAGGAGCAAGCAGCCCAAGGAAACCAAGAAGCUGACACCAGAGGAAGAAGCUGCAGAGGAAGCCAAAGCGGAAGCGGCGCUGUUGGCCGAGAUCGAAGCGAUUGCCGACCUCGAGAGGUUGAACGGCGUGGCUCCCGACUCGUCCGACUCGAUGCUGGCCGACCUGUCGUCUCGACUCCGUGUAGAUGACAGCGAAAACGAAGCGGGGGACGAGGAUGGCAAAGACGGAGCAGCAGGGAGAAAUUUGGACGUGGAUACCUUCCGCAAGACGUUUGGAGAAAGCUGGCAGCUCUCGCAAUUUUGGUACUCUGCCAAAUUCGUCCACGAACUGUCGCAGCUCAUCUUCCGCCUGGUCUCACAAACACCCGACUCGACCGCCAUCCCCACCGACGUCUCGUCCGUCAGAAACGCCUUCGGCAACGCAAGAGUGGCCUUCCUCUGCUGCCCAACCGCAUGGGUCGGCUUCGUGCACGAAUACCCCUCCCUCCAAUCGCAAGCAUACGUCUUUGAGGUAGACAAACGCUUCCACGCUCUCAGCAAAACGUCGUUCGUCUACUACAACCUGCACGAACCCGAGACAGUCCCCCAGGAGCUACUGGGGAGCUUCGACGUGCUCGUCGCCGAUCCGCCAUUCCUCAACGCAGACACGCAGGGCAAGGUGGCCAAGACCGCGCAACUGCUCGCCAAGCCGGGGGCGAAAUUCCUGCUGUGUACGGGAGAGAGCAUCGCAGAGGAAGCGAGGAAGAUGUACGGACAGCCGGAUCUGGAAAAGCUCGAUCUGGUUGUGGAGCAUCAUGGACUGGCGAAUGCAUUUGGUAUUUGGGGUCGUGUCUAG